CGCAACACGAAGUUACCUGAAACUAAAGGUGGGUGUCUCCUCCUCUCUCGACGCCGCGCCCCUUCACACUCUCACGGCAUCAUCCAGGAAGAAAGCCCGGAGUGGAAACCGUCGAGCGGUGAAUGAACGGCUGCAGUCAGCUAUAAAGAGGAUUUUCAGGAGUUCCCACUCUCAUAUAACUGCUGUUUGGACGGAGGCACAGUCAACAUGCUGAUUAAAGAAUACCGAAUUGUCCUGCCCAUUUCAGUGGAGGAGUACCAAGUGGGUCAGCUGUAUGCAGUAGCAGAGGCCAGUAAGAAUGAGACGGGUGGAGGAGAAGGUGUGGAGGUGAUUGUCAACGAGCCCUAUGAGAAGGAUGGAGAGAAGGGACAAUACACCCACAAGAUCUACCACCUGCAGAGUAAAGUGCCAGGCUUUAUCCGGGUGAUAGCGCCGAAAGGUUCUCUCGAAGUUCACGAGAAGGCUUGGAAUGCAUAUCCUUACUGUCGAACCAUCCUCACGAAUGAAUACAUGAAAGACAAGUUCAUGAUAAAGAUUGAGACGUGGCACAAGCCGGAUAUGGGGGAUCAGGAAAAUGUACAUGGACUGGACCAAAGCACAUGGGAAAAAACUGAAGUAGUUGACAUCGACAUUGGUGACAGAAGUGUCAUAAGUCCAAAUGACUACAAACCAGAAUACGAUCCAGCCAUAUUUAAGUCCGAGAAGACGGGUAGAGGACCUCUGGGACCUGACUGGAAGAAAGAACUCGCUAACAACCCCGACUGUCCACACAUGUGUGCCUAUAAGCUAGCCACUGUUGAAUUCAAGAUGCUGGGACUACAGGGCAAAGUGGAAGGCUUCAUUCAUAAGGUGGAGAAGCGUUUGUUCACCCACUUCCACAGACAGCUGUUCUGCUGGCUGGACAGAUGGAUUGAUCUGUCGAUGGAUGACAUACGACGCAUGGAGGAGGAGACGAAGAAGGAGCUGGAUGAGAUGAGGAAGAAUGAUGAAGUUAAAGGCCUGGCAGUCGACUAACCCAGAGGCUCAGACUCAUGUCCUGGGACACUGGACCUAGAACAACUUGAUAGGCAUAAUCAAGAAUACCACACCUCCAUCCCAAUAAAAUUUGCUCUUAAUAAGAGCUCAUUAUUGUAAA